AUGUAUGGGCUGCUGUGUGAAAGUCUUCAUGACUUCAUCAAGGAGUCGUACGGAGAUGAUGUGUGGAAGCUGGUCAGAGAGAGAGCUGAUGUCAGGUUACACUCUUUUGUCACCCACCAGGUUUAUAGUGAGAGUGUUAUUCCCCGUAUUGCAAAGGCAGCCAGCGGAGUGACAGGCACACCCUACAAUGAGCUGAUGAAUUCCUGGGGUGUCUACUUCCUGGGUUUUGUUGGGAAAUAUGGGUAUGACAGGAUCCUCAAGGUUCUGGGCCGACACGUACGUGACUUUGUCAACGGCCUUGAUAACCUUCACGAAUACCUGCGCUUCAGCUACCCCAAGGUGCAGCCUCCGACCUUCUUCUGCCAGGAGGAGUCUGCAACCGGAGUGACCCUCCACUACAGGAGUAAGCGAAAGGGCUACCUGCACUAUGCUAUGGGCCAGCUGAGGCAGAUGGGAAAACAAUUCUACGACACUGACAUCCACGUGGAGGUCCUCUCUGAGCAGAUGAUUGGGGACUACUCCCAUGUCACCAUGAGGCUGAACUUUGACAACUCAGCCUACCGGUACAUCAUGAAAGAGGAUGAAGAGGAGCAGGAAAUUUUGCCCAUUACCUCUGACUUCUUCUUUGAGGUCUUCCCCUUUAACAUCGUCUUCAGACAGGACAUGGUGGUGCACAAUGUAGGCUCAGGCCUGGCUACAGUCUUCCCUGAUCUGGAUGGAAAGAAGAUCAAUGACGCCUUCUUGCUGGCUCGCCCCCUGGUGGAGUUCACCUGGAACAUGAUUAUCUCCCAUCCCAACAAUCUGUUUGAGAUCAUAUCCAAGGAGCCAGUGAAGAGAGAGAGGAACCUUCAAAACCGCAAAUCCGAAUGUUUGAUUGCUAAUGCAAUGGAGAGCUGGGGUGAUGGGAGCCGCUGCCUCAAACUAAAAGGACAAAUGAGAUACAUGCCAGAGUGGGAGUCCAUCAUCUUCCUGGGAACCCCUGUGAUGGAGAGCCUCAGUGCGAUGUUUAAGACAGGCCUGUACAUCAAUGACCUGAGCAUGCACGACUCGAGCAGAGACCUGGUGCUGGCGGGAACACAACAAUCAGAGGAGCUAAAGAGAGCUCUCAUACAGGAGCAAAAGAAGUCUAGUAAGCUGGAAGAGAGCAUGAAGAUGCUGGACUAUGAGAUGAAGAAGACUGACGACCUUCUUUACAGGAUGAUCCCCAAGCCAGUGGCUAAAAGGCUGCGCAAAGGAGAACCGGCUGUAAACACUUGCGAGGUCUUCCCAGAUGUGACCAUUCUCUUCAGUGACGUGGUGGGAUUUACGCGCAUUUGCAGCCACAUCACUCCAAUGCAGGUGGUCUCCAUGCUCAACACCAUGUACACAUUAUUUGACACGCUCAGUGAGAAGCACCGCGUCUUUAAGGUUGAGACCAUUGGAGAUGCAUACAUGGUGGUUGCUGGAGCUCCAGAGAAGACUAAGUAUCACGCCCAUAACAUCUGUGACAUGGCCUUAGACAUGGUGCGCUCCAUAGAUCACCUCAAAGAUCCGUCUAAUGGCAAUAACAUACAGAUUCGUGUUGGGAUACACUCUGGGAUGGUUGUAGCAGGUGUGGUAGGACACAAGAUGCCACGUUAUGGCCUGCACGGUGACACAGUUCACACAGCUUCGGCUAUGGAGAGCAAUGGCAAAGAGAUGCACAUUCAGCUGAGCAGUGCCACCUACGAGCACCUGAAAGGAAGCCACUUCAUCUUCGAAAGGAGGGGCAUCAUUACCAUCAAGGGAAAUGUUGAAAUUGAAACCUACUGGCUGAAAGGAAAAAGGGACAAGGAUGGUAAUGCUCAGGCAGCGUGUCCUCAGUUUGAGACUCAGACCAUCAGUAAAGCUAUCAGCAAGGCCACCAUAUCGGACCCCGAGGCCACCGGGGACGAGGAGGGACCGGUUUUCCCGCUCGUAGCAGGGGAGGACGAGGAUGAUGUCAAGUCUGUUCACUCUCAUCGUAUCAAAAUGGAAGUUUCAGGCCAUUCUCUGGAGGAAUCGGUAGAGGAGUGUGGGGUGGAGGAGAUGACUGUUCAUAAGGAUGGUCUCCAGGACUCUCACCUUGAACUGGACUCACCUGGGUCAGAGGACAGAGACUCCACCGUGGAGUCCCAUGACAGCUCCUGUGAUUCCCGCUCCUCCAAAAGUGCCAUGUGCUCGCUGUCAUGAAUCAAGAAGUGGUAAUGUCGUCCAAGCUGAUACUGUAGCUUAUUCAUAUGUAUAACUGUAUCUUAAGUGCCUUGUGUACAGCUAACUAGUGUAUUAAAUGUUAGCCUAUAAAUGGCAGGUAGAAAAGGAAUUUU